GAAGUGAUCCAUGUCUCCUCUGGUUGGAUCUUUUACUCUUUGACUGAAUAUCAUUUUCAUUUAUUGAUUAUUGUUACUAGAUUUAUAUCCCACCCUUUCUAGUAGGAGCCCAGGGCAGCAAUUUGCUUAAUGUGAUACAUCUUCCAAUGCCAGGGGUUUUGGCCUCACUUUGGACAAACGCACACCUGCCAAUUGAGAAUACUACUUCUGAGGAAGUGGUCCCCGGCCCAUAAAAGCUUAUGUUCCAAUAAAUGCUUGUUGGUGAAGAUGCCACAGAGCUCUCUGCUCUUUGAGUUUUGCCCACUGUGCAAAAUAGAAAGUUUAGUCUAGUUAAAUGAGGCAACUUAAUCAGGGUAUUGGUAGAUUUCAAGACGGUAAUAUAAUUGCCCAACAACAUGUGGCAGGCAUCGUUUCAGCAUACUCCAUUCCUGGCAAAGUGCACUUGCCUUAUAUUGCAUAGAGCUGACAUUGCCAGCAGCUAAGGGAUACACACCCAGUGUUUUUCUAGUUGCAUAAUGGCAGAUACUAAUCCCUCCCCACUGAAACACUUUGUACUGGCUAAGAAGAAGAUUACUGCCAUUUUUGAAGAGCUUCUGGAUUAUGUUACUGAAGGAACACAUUUUGUUGAAGAAACGUACAAAAAUCCAGAGCUUGAACAUAUAGCUACCGAGGAUGAAUUGGCAGAAAUACAGGCAUACAAGAAUAAGUUGGCAAUCAUUGGUGAAGUACUUGCACGAAGACACAUGAAAGUUGCUUUUUUUGGCAGAACCAGCAGUGGAAAGAGUUCUGUUAUCAAUGCCAUGUUGUGGGACAAAGUGCUCCCCAGUGGCAUUGGGCACACAACUAACUGUUUUCUCAGUGUGGAAGGAACAGAUGGCGAUAAAGCUUACCUCAUGACUGAAGGCUCGGAUGAAAAGAAGAGUGUAAAGACUGUUAAUCAGCUUGCCCACGCCCUCCAUAUGGAUAAAGACUUAGAGGCUGGCUGUCUGGUCCAUGUGUUUUGGCCAAAGGCCAAAUGUGCCCUCUUAAGAGAUGACUUGGUGUUAAUGGACAGCCCUGGCACGGAUGUUACCACAGAGCUGGACAGCUGGAUUGACAAAUUCUGUUUGGAUGCUGAUGUCUUUGUUUUAGUUGCUAAUUCGGAGUCAACCCUCAUGAAUACAGAAAAACAGUUUUUUCACAAAGUGAAUGAAAAACUUUCUAAACCAAACAUCUUCAUCCUGAAUAAUCGUUGGGAUGCUUCUGCAUCAGAGCCUGAAUACAUGGAGGAUGUACGCAAGCAACAUAUGGAACGCUGCCUGACUUUUUUGGUAGAUGAGCUCAAGGUUGUGGAUCCUUCUGAAGCUCAGAACCGAAUCUUCUUUGUGUCAGCCAAGGAAGUUCUCAGCGCUAGAAAGCAGAGAGCUCAGGGCAUGCCUGAGGGAGGUGGGGCCCUUGCCGAGGGAUUUCAGACACGGUUCCAAGAGUUUCAGCAUUUUGAGAAGAAGUUUGAGGAGUGUAUCUCGCAGUCAGCUGUGAAAACCAAGUUUGAGCAGCACACUAUCAGAGCUAAACAGAUCCUAGAUACUGUGAAAAACAUUAUGGACACCAUAAACGUGGCAGCAGCCAAUCAAAGAGUCCAUUCAAUGGAACAGCGAGAGGAGCAGAAGGACAGGCUGGAAUUUGUCCGCAAUCAGCUCAACCUUUUAACGGACGACAUUAAGAAGAAAAUCAAGGAAGUCACAGAGGAGGUAGCCAACAAGGUAUCUUCAGCCAUGACAGAUGAAAUUUGUCGACUUUCUGUUUUAGUAGAUGAGUUUUCCUCCGAUUUUCACCCAUCCCCACAAGUUUUGAAACUAUAUAAAAGUGAACUCAACAAGCACCUAGAAGAGGGCUUGGGAAGGAACCUGGCUGACCGGUGCUCCAGUGAAGUCAACAAGUCUAUGUAUCAGUCGCAGCAGGAAAUGAUUGAAAACCUGCAAGUUCUGUUGCCUUCCAACGUCCAGAACAAACUCCACUUGCUAAUCCCAUGCAGGAAGUUUGACCUCAGCUACGAUUUGAACUGCAACAGCCUGUGCUCUGAUUUCCAAGAGGAUAUCACCUUCCAGUUCUCGCUGGGCUGGACAGCCCUCGUCAGUCGGUUCCUGGGCCCUAAAAAUGCUCACCGGGUGCUGCUUGGCGUGGCAGAGCCUGUUCUGGCAAUCCCUCGGUCUCUUGCCUCCACCCCUUGUGCUCCCAGCGCUCUGGCUCUGACCCCGGAGAAUGCAACACAGGAGGAGAUCAUGGUCUCGUUGGUCACCAACCUGGCAUCGCUGACAUCUCGGACGUCCAUGAUGGUCAUCAUUGUUGGAGGGCUGGUUUGGAGAACUGUUGGCUGGAAGGUCAUCUCCCUUUCCUUGAGUAUGUAUGGGCUGCUGUUUCUCUACGAGAGACUCACUUGGACAACCAAAGCCAAAGAGCGUGCCUUCAAGCAGCAGUUUGUAAACUACGCCACAGAGAAACUGCAGAUGAUUGUCAGCUUUACCAGCGCAAAUUGUAGCCAUCAGGUGCAACAGGAAAUGGCUAUGACUUUUGCUCGCCUGUGCCAACAAGUUGACAUCACAGAGAGAAACCUGGAAGGAGAGAUUGCGAGAUUAUCCAAAGGAAUUGCUCAGCUAGAAAAAAUCCAGAACCAUUCAAAGCAUCUACGGAAAAAAGCUGUCUACCUUGAAGAUGAAUUUGACCGUUUUACAGAGGAUUUUCUCCAUAAAAAGAAAUGAAAGCCCCCACAUUUUUUGGACGCUCCAGGUGGAAUUUGCCAAGUUGACACUAUUUCCCAUCCCGUCACAUCACAUGAAUUUCCCAAUCCUCUUUUAUUCUACUUUGUUCAGUGCUGCCUGGCUCUUUUGAUGCUUAGAUAAUGAACUGUGCCUGAGAGUUGGACAAGCUGAGCAAUAUACUGUUGAUUAAAUUGUUUUGCAACUUUUCUUAAAAGAGAGAAAAAUAAUUUAUAUUUACGGGUGCAUAUAAAAACUAUUUGGCAAUGUAAAAAUAAUAAAACUAGCAGACCUAUAUAGCAUUUUGUAUUAGUGUUUACCAUAAGGGGCAACCCUCUCUUUCUGGCAUCCAGGAAGAGAAUAGAGUGAGUCCACCCCUAAUCCUGUGUCAAAGUCUUGUAUUGGCUGGAAUUCUCUGUGGAAAUGUGUGCUGUGCUGGCUUUUUCCCAGGAUGCUGUUACAAAGCUGAAGUAUUGAGUGAUUACAUGUUUUAAAAGGGAUUUAUGAAGUUUGAAUACAAAGACAAUCAGUUUGGCUGAGCACAAGGCGUAACUCUGGAUUUCCCAUUCUGUUGAAAGAGAAGAGGGUUGUCAAAUUUUAAAUUUCAUGUUUUUAAAGCUUUAAUGCCCCGGUAGUAAGAACUCCUCAGCUGAGAGGAGCUAGCAACCUCACUUUUUGAGAAUGUGUGUAGCUCAGAGAGCUUGUCUGGAGAGGCACCCUUCUAGGUACUUCCGUGAUGGCAUAGUAUGGCCACAUACGUCCUUUUCCCAAUUGGUAGUUCUUGAAAACCAAAGUAAUAUGCAUAGGAAUCUGCCAUUUGGGUUACUAGCUGUGUAACUUCUUUCACAGAAUGCAGUGGCAUGUUUAGCCCCCACCCAUUACUACCACUUCUAACCUGGAUCUGGUAUAAUAUAGUUCUGAGGUGUCCAGAAGUCCAAUUUUUUUUAAUUUGCCUAGCCAGGGCUAAGUACUUAAUUUUAGGCUGCAUGCCCAAAAUUAAUGUCAAGACCCUGAAAUAUAUCACAAGAUCAAUCCAUUAUAGGGGCAACCAUGUCAGUAGGGAAGCCUUUAUUGCACACUGACGCUUUCAGUGAAGGUGGUUCAGCUGUGUCCUCCAUGCUGCGUCUGCAUCAGCCCUACCUAAACUGGGCUUACUCCAGUUGCUUUGGACUACAAAGGUGGUGUUGGGUGGAGCUUAUAGUCUAAAGCACCUAGAGGGAGCCUCAGGUUAGGGAUGGCUCAUCUUCCUAAUCAAGGGAUCUUCUUGUUUUUAGACACCUUCUGAACUUUUUUCAUCUUCCCAUGACUAUUUUGGUCUUUGCGUUCUACUGAAAAGAACUCCCUGUUUCAGGUGCUUAUAUGAGUAAUAUUGAGUAAAUGUUCAAAAUGUAUGAAUUGUUCAUGAUGGAUAUAGCUAGCACAAAGUUUUGUUGUUGUUUUUAAGGAAAAGUUACUAUACAAAACGUGCAUGUUUUUAAAACCAAAAUGAGAAUUAACUUAGAUGUCAAAGAGCCCUGGUUCUUGUAGUGGUGCUUGAACCUGAGAGAAUAGUGAUCACAAAGGGCUAAUAAACAUGCUGGGUUGGUAGGCAUUUUUUGUUUAGCAACAAAUUGUAUUUUUACUGAUGCACUGAAAUGUCUGUGACUCGUUUUCAUGCUAGAAGAUGCUGGGGUGGGAUUUCAUUAUAAAUGCAGCCUGCAAAGUUCUAACAUUUGAUGAAAAGUGAAGCCUAAAUUAUACAAUGAACUGUACAGAGAAAUGGCAUGUUUCUCUAAAAGCAACUGUUAUAUGAAUCUCUUUACCAUUGAUACAUUUUUGAAGGUGUAGAACACACUAAAUAUUGCCCCCCCUCCCCAUUGAAAGCUACUCUGAAGCACAUUCAUGAGCAGUUUUCUUGAUCCACUACUGUCAUACAUGUUUCUUUGCUGGCUGUAUGUAUGGCAAUACAUGUUCGACCACUCUGCUCUCUAAACUGCCAAAGGCUCAAUAGCGGAUGUCUGGUUAAGGGAAAGUUUAAAACUUCAUUGCAAUUGGUAUUUUGGAGGGAUACAUAAGCCGGCUGGCUGAGGUGGCCUGGGAGACCCAGUGCCUGCAGGAAGAAGGAGAACAUCGCCACCCAGGGAAGGAGAGCCUGCUGUUGCUGCUGCUGCUGUUGCUGCUGCUGCUGUUGGAACACCACCUCCACCACCCUUCCCAGUGGGACUGCUGCCUGGCAGACGUGCCUCCUGCAGGACCAGGUCCCAGGUACCCAGCCAGCUGUGACUAAUUUCCAUCACCUGUCCCUCUUUGGAGGGAUACAUAAGCUGGCUGGCUGAGGUGGCCUGGGUUUUUGUCUUUUGUUUUGUUUUCUUUUGGGUGCCAUUGGUUUUAGCUAUGGGUGGGUUCGGUUUUGUUUUAUAUUGUAGUUCUUGGGUUUCUAUGUAGUUUGUAUGUUGUAUUUUACUUUCUCUUGUACGCCGCCUAGAGUGGCCGCUUGUGCGGCCAGAUAGGCGGCCUAGAAAUAAAAUUUAUUUAUUAUUAUUAUUAUUAUUAUUUUCCUUCCAAGACGAUCAUUUUCUUGUUGGAAGUCAUAACUAAAUAAAUGUCUAGUUUUCUUUGGUGGUAAA